AUGGCCGACGAUAAACCCAACUGCAAAGUUAUCCUCGCGAACAACAUCGCCAAGGGCCUUCUGGACGAAGUUCGCGAUGGUCUGAACAAGAUUCAACGCAAACCGCUCCUUGUCGGCUUUCUCUCCAGCGCUGAUCCUGCGGCGAGAGUAUACGCAGAAUGGACGGGCAAAACUUGUGUCGAAAAUGGCUUCGCAUUUGACCUCCGCGAAGUCGAUCGCGAACUUCUUGAGGACCGCCUCAUCGAAGCGAACAAUGAUCCUGCCGUUGACGGCAUAAUCGUUUACUACCCCAUCUUCGGCAACCGUCAGGACCAGUAUCUCCAGCAGAUUGUCUCUAUCGACAAGGAUGUUGAGGGACUAUCGCACCGUUACAUUUUCAACAUGUACCAGAAUAUUCGCUUCCUCGACCCUGCCAACACGAAAAAGAGUAUCUUGCCGUGUACCCCAUUGGCCGUGAUCAAGAUCCUCGAGUAUCUGAGGAUUUACAACACUAUCCUCCCGUACGGUAACAGGCUUCACGGACGCACUAUUACCGUCAUCAACAGAAGUGAGGUCGUAGGCAGGCCGUUGGCCGCACUACUGGCAAACGACGGUGCCCACGUAUACAGCGUGGAUAUUAGUGACGUGCAAGAGUUCACGCGAGGCGUUGGUCUAAGGAAGCGAAGGCACGAGGUGGUGGAGAAGCCUGGCUGGACUCUCAAUGACUGCCUCCCACUUAGCGAUGUAGUCAUCAGCGGUGUACCUGGAGACAAGUACAAAGUCCCGCUGGAGUUGAUGAGGGACGGAGCUGCAUGCAUCAACUUCUCCAGUGAGAGGAACUUUACACCAGAGGUCAAAGAAAAGGCCUCGAUCUACGUUCCUGCCAUUGGCAAGGUCACCAUUGCAGUGCUCUUGAGAAACUUGUUGCGCCUCACUCAAAACAAAAUCGAUGCUGCCGCUCAGGGAGUGGAAGAGAAGUCUUCAGUGGAACCAGUCAUUCAAUCGACUGCAUAG